GCGCGGACCCACAGAACGGCACAGGUGGGGCCUCUCCGGCGCGGGGGCGUGGCCGAGGGCGUGGCCAGUGGCGUGGGUGGAGCUCGGGCCCCCUCCAGUCCCCAGAGUAGCUGCAGCCCCAGCUCUGGUCCAGCCAGGCGCGGUGCUGGUCCAGCACCUCAGGCUGGCGUGCUUGGGAAGAACGAGGCCGAGGCAGCGACCACUGCACGCCAGCAACAGCCUUACCGCCCGGAGCCCUGGACUGCCCGGCCAAGGAGGCGCAGCCAGGCCCUGUGACCCUGGUGCCAGUGCAAGGGCGAGAACCCCUGGCCCAAAGCCUCAGCUCGGGUUCCUGUGCUUGGUGACUGGUGUGGUGAGCUCCGCAGACAGGGAACUGCUCAGAAGCUGCAUCCUCAGAGCCACCCACUGUCGGGGGGAGACUGUCCACACCACCUGGAGGAAGAGGCUGAGCACAGGGCCCACAGGAUCUCACUAGGGAGCCCAAGCUGACCUUGAAAUCCAGGUGACCCUCCUGCCUCAGCCUCUGAGUCCUGGGAUUUCAGGUGUGUGGCACCACAUCCAGCCAGACUCGAUUUGCUAAAAGAAAAGGCUUAAUCCUGAGAUGAAUGCUUCUGGAGGAAGGGCGGGGAGGACCACAGGAAGGUCGUGUAGCAUCACCGGGUCCUUUCCACAGCCACUCGGAGGGACUGCGAGAGACUCUCAUGCCUUGAGCUGUAAGCCAUAGGAUGACCGCGAGCAGGGCUGGUGCCCCUGCUGAUCCUACUGACCACGCUGUCCCUGUCCCCAGCACUGGAGCCGCUGCCUGAGCCUGGACCAUGGAUGAUGUGGCUGAGGCGCCCGCUGAGGGCCACUCCCUGACCAAGGCUGUGCACCAGGGCCGGCUGCGGCUCACGCGGCUGCUACUGGAGGGCGGUGCCUACAUCAACGAGAGCAAUGAGCGUGGGGAGACGCCCCUGAUGGUGGCCUGCAGGAGCUGGCACCCGGACAGCCAGGGUGCCAGCAAGGCCCGCAUGGUGCGGUACCUGCUGGAGAACAAGGCCGACCCCAACAUCCAGGACAAGUUGGGCAGGACGGCUCUCAUGCAUGCCUGCCUGGGGCGCGCGGGGCCCGCCGUGGCUGCCCUGCUGCUGGACAGCGGGGCGGACCCCAGCCUGCAGGACCAUGAGGGAUGCUCUGCCCUGGUGCAUGCCAUCCAUGCCGAGGACAGGGACACCCUCCAAGUCCUCCUGAGUGCCUGCCAGGCCCGCGGCAAAGAGGUCAUCAUCAUCACGACGGCCAAGUCCCCAUCCGGGCGGCACAGGGCCAGGCAGUACCUGAACACACCGCCCCGGCCUGCCUGCACCUCACCCUCGGAAAUAGACGUCAGCGCGGCGGCCUCUGCCUCGCUGGCCCAGGCUUCGGGGACAGAAGGAAUGGCUUUGGGCUCCAGAGAUCAGGAGCCCCCAGGGAGCCCCGAGGAUGCCUGGGACCCGGGCUCCCCUGUGGGGAAGCCAACUCUGGCCCCUGGUGGCCCCAACCUGGCUCUGGCUGCAGCCUGGGGCAGGAGCCCUCCAUCCCUGAAGCACCAGCCCAGAGUGGCCUCGCUGCAGGAGGAGCUGCUGGAGGCGGCCGUAGAGGAGGAGCCCUGUGGCCGGGCCCCGGUCCUCUCCAGGCGCUUCAUGAGCAGGCACCAGAGCCUGGAUGUGAAGGACACGGCCCAGCUGCUCCAUGCCUGGGAGCAGGCUGACUGCAGGAAGGCAUCCUUUGAUGACAGCCCUCCCCAGGGGUGCCCAAAGAGCCCUGAGGCCCAGGACGCAGACCCUAGCCCCCUGGCCGACUCAUCCACCCUGGGGAGCAUCGUGCAGAAGCGAAACUCAGGGGCCAAUCACUACAGCUCCGACUCCCAGCUUUCGGCCUUGGAAGACAGCAAAGCUCUUCCCGGGAAGAAGAAGGUCCUCUCCCUGUCUCCAUCACUGCUGUCAGGGCCCAAGGAUGCACCAGACAGCGCCCCACCAGGUCCCCUGGGCCGGCGGGGCCAUGGGGCUCUGGAGAGGCGAGGGUCUGGCACCUUCCCUCUGGAGCACAGCCUCCUGCAGACCCGGCCAGGGUUCCUGCCACCCCUCCAGGCGAGUCCCCACCCUCCUGGCUGUGACGGCACCAGUCCCCGGCUCUGCAGCCUUCUGGCUUGUGGUCAAAAGGUGCUGGUGCCAACCGCUCCUCUCUUCCCUAAGGAAUUCAGAAGCAAGAAAAUGCUGCUAAGGAGACAGUCCUUGCAAACCGAGCAGAUUAGGCAAUUAGUGAACUUCUGAGAGGGUGGGAGGGCACAGCAGAGGGCCAGGGCGCCCAGGAAGGAGGCUCACAGGUGUGUCCCGUUAGUCACAGCGCUGGUGAGUCCCUCGUGAACAGUAGGCCAAGGCUGGAUGUGUUUGGUAUCAGGCAUUGUGAAUAUACAAAUAAUACUGUUUCUGCUAAGAGAAUUCUCUCAAACCAAACGAAAGCUAUUUUUAGAAAACCACCAAUAUUAUCAGCCUUCAUGUGGUCCAAGUUUUUCAUUUAAACAAAACUCAGCAAAGAAAGGUCAACUGUGUUGGAGAUAAUUUAUUCUUUCCAAAUAUUAACUGCAGCAGGUGAAACCUAAAGUGAAGCCCUCAGCUGGGCAGAGUGGCAAGCUACUGUCAUCCACACUGAGCCACGUUGUUUGCUUUGCUUUAUUUUUUAAACAUCCCUGCUAAGGUGGUUAUUUUUUGGAGUUAUUCUUCCUCUGUAUCUUUUAAUUCCUAUUAUUGUAACUGGAAGCUUAUUAUAGGUUUCUAGUAACAAUACAAAAUUUAAAAGGCAUUCCAAUUUGCUUAUUCUUGUCUUCCAAAAAGAAACAACAAAUAAAAAAGAAAGAAAGCAAAGCGCCCAAACAAAAAAAGUUUGGGGUUUAUCACAAAGAGAAACUAAAUGCUUGCUUCAGUAAAACAACCUGAUUAUUAGAUUAGUUUAGGUUAGCUAGUUACAAAAGACAGUAGAAAAUCACAAAAUAGAGCAAAUAUUUGGUCUAUAUUAUAUCAUUUCUGGUAGGUAUUAGAACUCAUACAAUAAGGGUAACACCUGAGUGUGACAUUCCAGUCAUCCAGUAUUUUAGGAUUUAUGAAUAACUUCUAACAACUUCUAUUGUAAAACACUUGAAAAGUGAUUGUUACCCGUGACUUCAAAGUAUGCUGUUUAUGCCAGUAAUCCUCGUUUUAAUCUAUCAGUGCUAAAACAAAGAAUAAUCAAACUAUACAAAAGCUGAGUGUCCCAAUCUAAUGAUUGUUAUUUACAGAUUGAUUUCUUUGCCUUUUGUAAGUAGAGAAAAUCCUAACACUUGGCAUGAUGCUUUUCUUGGUGAUUUGAUAUAAACAAGUUGCAGUGUACAGAGUAAUUAAUUACUUGUGGCUUUUAUUUGUUAAAAGUAUUUGGAGAUUUCCAUUUUGUGUUUUGAAGCAAAUAUUAAUUACACUACAAUUUUAUUUUAUCCAGAAUUUAAAAUUGUACUAGAUGCCUGUAAAUGGCUCAAUGCUUCUACUUAGAAAAGUGCUGAUAGCUGGGCGUGGUGGUGCAUGCCUGUAAUCCCAGCACUUGGGAAGUUGAGGCAGGACGAUUGCUGUGAGUAAAAGGCCAGCCUGGGCUACACAGUGAGACCCUGCCUCAAAAAAGCCAAAAAAAAAAAAAUAAAUACAUUUUUAAAAAGUGCUGGACUUUAGGUUGUAAAGACACAGUUUGGAAGAAUAUAUAAAUAGCUUUAGUUUGUAAACAAAAUGGUAUCAAUAAAGCUUUAAAAUAUCA